AUGAUCAUAAGGAGAUCGAUGGUCCUAGCCCUGGUCCUGGGACUCUUGUCGGUGGACCAAAAUGGCGGCCAGGCUAGCGGCGACGAGGAACACGCGGCCGGUUACUAUCCGCGCAGCCUACCUCAAAGGGUGAUGCGGCUGGUGCCGCGAAGGUCGCCGAUGUUACCGCAGGACAGCGCCACGAUGGGCCUGGCGAUGCAGAGCAGAGCCGUGGACACGAGGGUACAGCUGGAGGUCAGGGAGGGAGAGCCAAAGGGUACGCUGGUCGGUCUCAUACCGGUGAAGCCAGGCUUCAUCUACAGGUUCAACGAGCCUCCUCAAGAGUUUGUACUAGACCCAGAGACCGGUAAAAUUCGAACAGCCAAAGUGUUGGACAGAGAAGCGUUGAGCAGCGACAGGUUCGAUCUGGUGGUGCUCUCCAGCCAGCCUACAUACCCCAUCGAGGUGAGGAUCCUCGUGUCCGACAUAAACGACAACGACCCCGAGUUCCCGGAGUCGAGCAUCGCGGUCAGCUUCUCCGAAUCGGCCGUGGUGGGCACGAAGCUGCUCCUGGACGCGGCCACGGACAGAGACACGCCCGAGAACGGUGUCGCGGACGAUUACUUCAUAGUAGACGGGAACACGGACGGGAAGUUUCGACUGGAGGUGACUGGCAACCCUACCGGUGAAACGUCCUAUCUGCACUUGGAGACUACCGGUAAAUUGGAUCGCGAACAGGUGGAGUUCUACUCGUUGAACGUGUGCGCAAGAGACAGAGGACGACCUCCUAGGCUAGGGUACCUAUUGGUGAACGUCACCGUGCUGGACGUAAAUGACAACCCACCGAUAUUCCAGCAGAGCGACUACGUGGUGGCUCUGAACGAGAGCGCCCCGGUGGGCACCAAGGUACUCACCGUCCACGCCACCGACAAGGACUCCGAGGACAAUUCGAAGCUCACGUACUAUCUACCUGACACGGAGAGACAGUUCACGAUAGAUCCGGAGACGGGCACGAUCACUACCGUGGAGCCUCUGGAUUGCCCUCAGCAGAGCUGCACGAUCGCGGCCCGUCCGGGCGGCGGUUGCCCGAAGAGCUGCGUCAUAACGGUCUUCGGUCGAGAUCACGGCUCGCCGAGGCAGGACGGAAGAACCUACGUAACGGUGAAUCUAUUGGACGCGAACGAUCACGAUCCCGAAAUAAAGUUCAGCUACUAUCCGUCCACGCCAGGGUACGCAACUGUGGACGAGAACGCUGUGAAGGACUCGAUCGUCGCUGCUGUGGCGGUGAUCGACAACGACGAGGGUCUGAACGGCGAGACCACCGUCGAGAUUCGCGCGGGCAACGAACUGGGACACUUCAGGCUGGACAACGCGCCCCGUUUCGAUAUCGUACGCGUGAACGGGAGACUGGACCGCGAGGAGAUACCGAAAUACAAUCUGACCGUGGUCGCCACCGAUAAAGGCACGCCGCCCCGUUCCGCGACCGCCUAUCUCGUGAUCCACGUGAACGAUGUUAACGACCACGAACCGGUCUUCCAGCAGAGCGAGUACUCGGCGGUGCUGUCGGAGCUCUCGCCUACCGGCAGCUUCGUCGCCAGUAUCUCAGCCACGGACGCGGAUUCCGGGCUGAACGCUAGGAUUUAUUACGAUUUCGACUCCGGGAACGAGCAGGGCUGGUUCGCGAUCGAUCAGGACACCGGUCUGGUCACCACGGUGGCCACGCUGGACAGAGAGGUGCAGGGUAGCAUAGAGCUGCACGUGUCCGCCAGGGACGGCGGACCUAAUCCCAAGUACGCGUCCACGCACCUCAAGGUCACCAUACUGGACGAGAACGACGAGGCGCCUAGGUUCUCGCAGAGUGUAGUGGAAGUGACAUUAUCUGAGAACACGCCGCCUCAGAGCCUGGUGGCUACGCUGACCGCGGUGGACAACGACCAGGGGACCAACGGAAGCGUCGCGUACAGUUUCCACUCCAGCGUGUCGAGGGACUAUCCGAAAACGUUCGCUCUGGACGGACUGUCCGGCCAGCUGACCACGAAGAUCGGCCUAGAUCGCGAGACCACCGCGGAGUACAGGAUCCUGGUGAUCGCGAAGGACCAAGGAUCGCCGCCGCAAACGUCUACAGCUACGGUAGUCCUGACUCUCGAGGACGUGAACGACAACUCGCCGGUGUUCUAUCCCUGGAGGUAUCUGAUGCCCAUACCGGAGGACGCACCUCCAGGAACCACCGUGGGGAAGGUGACAGCGACAGACGCGGACGCCAGGGAGAACGCUCAAGUAAGAUACACCUUGGAGUCGGGUGGAGAAGGCCUAUUCGCGGUGGACGAACGUACCGGAGAGAUAGCUCUUCAGGGUUCCCUCAGAGUCGCCCAUAAAACUCUCUACGAACUGAAGAUCUCAGCGAAGGACACAGGGGACAGAACAGCUAGCAGGAACGCUCUCGUGGAGAUCAUACGCGAGGAAGACUUGGAGACUCUGGAGUUCGACACGUACAAUGGCUACGAGUUUCGCGUGGCGGAGGACAGGGGCGAGUGCAGCUCGAUGCCCAGCGUGUUUGGACGCAACGUUGGGACCGUCCAGGUGACCCAGUACGGGGCCUCGAAGGUCUCUUACGCGAUGGUGUACGGGGACCCCAAGGGGAGCUUCAAGAUAGACGAGACCACCGGGACUAUCAGCACCUCUGGCUGCCUGGACCGCGAACAGGUGGCCUACUACAGCCUCCAACUGUCCGCGAGAGCGGGUCUAGCGUACGGCCAGACUUCUGUCAACAUCACGGUGCUGGACGUCAACGACAACCCGCCUAGGUUCCCCAAAGGAGAGAUAGGCGACGAGGUGUAUCUGAAGGAGAACGCGGCCGUGGGCCAGGAGGUGUGUCUGGCCCGCGCCAGGGAUCGCGACGCGGGCGCCAACGCGAGGAUAAUCUAUUCCCUGACGCACAACCCGGGUGGGCAGUUCAGGGUCGCUGAAAACUCUGGGAUCAUCUACUUGGACAAGCCAGUCAGAGCGGCGCCAGGCACCGUGCUGCACUUGGAGGUCACGGCUACGGAUUCUGGGAACCAGCCGCUGUCGGCGCAACACCAGGUCAGGGUGACCAUCCAGGACGUGAACGAUCACACGCCUGUGUUCAAACUAACGAGUUACGAGACGUCGCUGCCGGAAUCGACGCCGGUGAACGAUAGAUUCUUUUCACUGACGGCCACCGACGUCGACCUCGGCGCCAACGGAAGGGUUUUAUACAGCGUUACUGACGGGAACACCGAGGGUCGCUUUGGGAUAUUUCCUGACGGACAAUUGUACGUGAAGAAUGUCCUCGACCGAGAGGAACAGGACUACUACGCGCUGGAGGUGAUGGCGACCGACCAGGGCAGCCCGUCGAGGAACUCGGUGGUACCGGUGGUCGUGCACAUCAUCGACGAGAACGACAACGCGCCCGAGUUCACAAAUUCUAGCUUCAUCUUCCACCUACGCGAGAACGAGCCACCGGACACGUUCGUGGGCAAAUUGCUGGCCACCGAUCGGGACGUGGGUCGCAACGCGGAUCUGAUGUUCUCGCUGCCGGCUAGUCAACAGGACUUCAUCGUCGACCCGAGGAACGGUUUCAUCAAGUCGCUGCGCGUGUUCGACAGGGAACUCCUGGUGACCAACACCGGGAGCAGCUACGUCACCUUGGAGGCGACCGUCACCGACAACGGGGCGAACCGUCUGAGGGAUCGGGUCAAGGUUAUCAUCUACAUCACCGACGUGAACGACAACGUGCCGCAGUUCCAGAGGCUGCCGUACAGGGUGCAGGUGAACGAGGGCGCCGCGACGGGUACCCAGUUGCUCAGGGUGUACACCACAGACGCCGACGAGGGUUUGAACGGUGACGUGUUCUACUCGCUGGAGGAUGGAAACCAACGGGGACGAUUUGCCAUCGACGAGGCGACGGGACAGAUCUCUCUGAUGAAGGAACUAGACCGCGAGACUACCGACGCGUACGUUCUGACGGUGGUGGCGCACGACGCCGGGCUGGAGACCCGUCUGUCGUCCAGCACGAGCGUCCACAUCGAGGUGCUGGACGAGAACGAUAACGUUCCGCGGUUCGUGGACAAUAAAUCAAGGAUCGCCGUGCUGGAAACGACGCGGACGAACACGGAACUGGUCAGGUUCAAAGCCACGGAUAACGAUCUGGGACCCAACAGCGAGCUGGCGUUCGCUAUAUCCGCGGGCAACCGACGCGAUACCUUCUACAUCGAUCCCUUGACGGGAACGUUAUACUUGAGGAAACCGCUGGAUUACGAGGAGCUGGAGAGAUACGUGCUGAACGUGACUUGCAGCGACGGCGGUCAUCCGCGUCUGAGCUCGGUGACGACGCUGAUCGUCGAGGUGAUCGACGCGAACGACAACCCGCCCGUGUUCCCGAACACGGCGAUCGCCAGGCAGAUCAGAGAGGGGAUCCUGGUCCACACGCCUAUAGUGACCAUCACAGCGGAGGAUCCCGACUCGAACGAGAACGGAAUAGUAACCUACUCUAUAGCUAGUCAAGAUCCCGAGGAUCAGGUGCGCAGAUUCGGUAUAAAUCCAUCGACGGGCGUGAUCCACACGUUGUUGCCGAUCGAUCGCGAAGAGGUGGACACGUACAAGCUGGUGGUGGUGGCCACGGACAGCGCCCAACCACCCAGCGCCAGACUGUCCGCCGAGAAGCUGGUGAUCGUGAUCGUCGAGGACAUCAACGACAACGCGCCGAUUUUCGUCAGCAUGUCGGCGGUGGUGCUGCCCCUGAAAGGAAAUUACCAGUUUCAGAAAGAGAUAACGGUCAGCCAGCUGCUAGCCAGGGACCUGGACUCGAGCACGAACGGUCUGGUUACCUACGAGCUGCUCAGAUCGAGCGUCAACUACUCGGACAUGUUUCGAAUACACCGCAACACCGGCCACCUGACCAUGAGGCUGCCGCGAUCGUUCAAGAACAGUCUCGAGCGGGUGGCCAAGUACCAGGUAGACGUACGAGCCACCGACGAGGCCGUGCAGGCCGAACGACGCUCCACGGAGACAUAUCUGACCCUGAUUGUGCCCGGCGAGGACGGUGACGAUCAACCGAUUUGGGAACACCGCGGUCAGAUAGAAGGCAGCGUGUACGAGAACGAACCGAUCGGCACGAGCAUUUUGAGAGUGACCGCGCGCAGCCGUAGAUCGAACAUCGAUCUCGAGUAUUACGUGACGAACGUGACCGCUGGUAGCGGCGGCCCGCAGGUCGACAGAUUGUUCGACGUCGACGCGAAGACGGGCGUGCUGUCGACGGCCGCCGCACUCGACAGGGAAACCGGGAUCCAGUGGUACGAGGUGGAGCUGUACGCCAUCGGUGUCGGCGGCACCAGGCCCAGUACGACGUCUACCAAAGUUCGCGUGAUGGUUCUGGACAAGAACGACGUGGCGCCGACCUGGGGCCCCGGCACCUGGAAAUUCAAAAUCUCCGAGGAGGCGCCCCCCAACACCGUCGUCACGGUCCUGAAGGCGUUCGAUCCGGACACGAUAGGGACGCUGACGUACACCCUGGUGCCGAAUCAUCGUCCUGGAUCGAACCAGGAGAACCAGGAGACCGACGAGGAGAGCCAGUUCAAGCUUCAUCCGACCACGGGACAACUGACGCUCGCCGAGGCCCUCGACAGAGAGACCAGAGAAAAAUAUGUCCUGAAAGUUCGAGCCGAUGAUGGAUUGCAACACACCGACGUCACGUUAACCAUCCAGGUGACGGACACGAACGACAACGCGCCUACGUUCCAGAGCACCGCGUACUCGUUCGACGUGCCGGAGAACAUGCCGCGUGGCAGCAGGAUCGGUCAGGUCGUCGCGACGGACGCCGACGCCGACGGACCCAACAGCCAAUUGAGCUACACGCUGAUAUCCGACUGGGCGAACGACGUAUUCUCCCUGAAUCCCAGCACCGGGGUGUUCACGCUCACGGCCAGCCUCGAUUACGAGCAGGUGCAACACUACAUCUUGGUGGUCCAGGCGACCGACGGCGGGAUCCCGGCGCUUUCGUCGACGGUGACGGUCUAUUGCAACGUGGUGGACCUGAACGACAACGCGCCUAUCUUCGGGGCUGGUCCCCACGCGGCUGACAUUGUGGAGAACACGACGAUUGGUACCCCUGUUCUGACGGUGGCUGCUCAGGACUUAGACUCCGGUGACAAUGGAAAGGUGAUCUACGCUGUUGCCGGUGGUGACGAGAACGGGGACUUUGGGGUUGCUCCUAAUGGCACCCUCUUCACCCGGAAGCUGCUCGACAGGGAACAGAAGCCGCUGUACAAUUUGGUGCUCAGCGCCACCGACAAUCCUCUGCCGCCAGCUCGACCACUCUCGACCACCGUGCAGGUGACCGUGGUGCUGCUGGACGUGAACGACAUGUCGCCGGAGUUCAUAUCGCCGACGAAGAUUUCGAUAAUAGAAAACGCGCCGAGCAACACGGUGGUGAUGGCCAUUAAGGCGGUGGACAGGGACGAAGGACGAAACGGAUACGUGGAGUACUCCCUGGAGGACACGACGCUUCCCUUCACCGUGGGCCCCGUGGACGGGCUGCUGCGCGUAUCUGGCUCGCUGGAUCGCGAAUUAAGGUCAAACUACACCUUGGAGGUAACCGCGAAAGACCGCGGUGAACCACCGAGAUCGUCCUCGACCACAGUCACUGUCACGGUCCUCGACGAGAACGACAAUUCACCGGUCUUCGACCCGCGACAGUACUCCGCCACCGUCGCCGAAAACGCCAGCAUCGGGGCCAGCGUUCUUCAGGUGUCUGCGAUGGACAGGGACGAGGGCGCGAACGGAAGGGUGAGAUACAGUAUCGCGAUGGGGGACGAUAACCGGGACUUCACCAUCUCGGAGGACGGCGGGGUGAUCAGGGUGGCGAAGAACUUGAACUUCGAGCGCAAGUCCAGGUACCAUCUGACCAUUCGAGGGGAGGAUUGCGCGUCAGAGGUCGGAGAAACGCCACGUGGUGACACUGCCCAGGUCACCGUCACUGUCCUGGACAUAAACGACAACGCGCCCGUCUUCUUGGACUCGCCGUACCUGGCACACGUGAUGGAGAACAUGGUACCACCUGGUGGAGGAUUCGUCAUACAGGUGAAAGCUUACGAUGCAGACACACCACCUUACAACGACCAGGUGAGAUACUUCCUGAAGGAGGGCGACACCGAUUUAUUUCGCAUCAACGCCAGUACCGGGGACAUAUUCCUGCUUCGACCCCUCGACAGGGAACUGGUCCCGGAAUACACCCUCACUCUGGUGGCCAUGGACACUGGUUCUCCGCCGCUGACUGGAUCGGGCAUCGUUAGGAUCGUCGUGCUGGACGUCAACGAUCACAGUCCAGAAUUCACCAGGCAGGAAUACAGGGCGACGGUCACCGAGAACUCGGCUUCCGGUACGUGGGUCGCGAAACCCCACGCCACGGACAAAGACGAGGGCCUGAACGCCAAGAUCAGAUACAGUCUACUGGGUGAGAAAUCGGAACGGUUCACGGCGGACCCCGACUCGGGGGAGGUUUUCACCCUGGUGCCCCUGGAUCGAGAACAAACCGCAGUGUACCAUUUGACGUUGGUUGCCCAGGAUUCUAGUCCAACGGAGCCCAGAGCUUCUGCUGUUAAUUUGACUAUUCUCGUGAAGGACGUGAACGACAACGCCCCCAGGUUCUCCAGUCCAAGGUACACGGCGUACGUGCCUGGUGCCACCAAACCAGGGGAUUUCGUGUUCGGCGCGAAAGCGGUGGACGACGACGACGGCGAGAACUCCCGGAUCGUCUACCGUCUCCAGGGAAUGGACGCCGAGAGGUUCGCGAUCGACUCGAACAGCGGCGUGAUAAGAGCCACGCAGGAGUUGGCCAACGACGAGACCACGUACCAGUUGCAAAUCCAGGCGUCCGAUUGCGGCGCGAGGCCCCAAUCCGUCACCGCCGACUUGGUGAUACAUCUGUGGGAGAGGCAGCUGUUCCCCAGCUUUCGACCCACCAUGAACACCAGGUUCACCCUGCCGGAGGACGUGCCAGAGGGCAGAGCGAUCACGAAGUUGAGCGCAACUACACCGAAAGUCGGGGUGGCCAGCAAUCUUGUCUACGGGAUGGCUGGUGGAAACGUUGGAGAUGCUCUGAGGAUCGAUCCUCACACUGGAGAGGUGUUAGUCGCGUCUGGCUUCGAUUACGAAACCGCACCGUACUACGAAGCCUGGAUCGAGGUUCGCGAUUCGGACACGCCAGCUUUGAGGAGCGUCGUCCAACUCCUGGUAAACGUCACAGAUGCAAAUGACAACGCACCCAUCAUGGAAGCGUCCAUUUACAACGCCACGGUGCCAGAGGACGAGUAUCCGCCAUUGUUCGUCAACAAGGUCUUCGCGAAGGACCGCGACUCCGGGGAAAAUGGCCAGGUGUCUUAUUAUUUGGUCAACGAUUUCACGGAGACCUUCAUGAUCGACUCGGACACCGGGGAAAUUAGCACCAACGCGAAACUGGAUCGCGAAGAGAUUGCUUCCUAUGAGUUAGUGGUGGAAGCCAGGGACCAAGGUCAGCCAUCUUUAACAGGCACAGCUACCGUUCUGGUCACUGUCCUGGACAAGAACGACAAUCCACCGCACUUCACGCGUCUGUUCAGCGUGAACGUGACGGAGAACGCGGAGAUCGGCACGUUCGUAAUUAGGAUAACGAGCAGCGACCCGGACAUCGGUCAGAACGCCAACGUGACCUACAGUUUCACCGAGAAUCCCGGAAUGAAGUUCUCCAUCGACGCUCUGAGCGGCAACGUGACAGUAGAUGGACACCUGGACAGGGAAGAACAGGAUGAGUACUUGUUGAAGGUGGUGGCAGCGGACGGAGCCUGGGGGACAUCAACGCCCCUGACAAUAACCAUUCAGGACCAAAACGACAACGCACCGGAGUUCGACGAGGAUUCUUACCAUUUUCAUUUCCCAGAAUUGCAGCCACCUGUAGCACACGUUGGCCAGGUCACCGCGAUCGAUCGCGACAAGCAAGGACCCAACUCGGUGAUAUCCUACAGCCUCCUGCAGCCCUCCGACCUCUUCACCGUGGACCCAGCGACCGGGGACGUGUUCAGCAAGAAGACUCUGCGCUACAAGCACACGCAUCGUCCAUCUUCGCCGGAGAAUCUGUAUUCCCUGACUGUGGUGGCUACCGACAACGGGAAGCCCCCUAUGUCCUCUAAAACAGUGAUCUACGUGAGCGUCGUGGACGCCAACAACAACGCCCCCAAGUUCGAGCAACGAUCUUACCUCUACCCUGUCCCCGAGAACUACGGUGUUGGUAAACGCGUGAUACAGCUGGUGGCCAAAGACGACGCCGACUUUGGCGUCAACGCCGAGAUCAGUUAUCACCUGGUGAACGUGAACGGGAGCGAGUACUUCUCCAUCGACGAGACCACCGGAUGGAUCUACGUUCGCAAGAACCUGGCCCACGUGGCGGUUGGUACGACGUUCCUGCUGAAGGCUCGAGCCAUCGACAGAGGCGUACCACCUCAAAAAGACGAGGUAUCUUUGAGUCUAGUGAUAUCCGGGGAGAACAAACAUUCACCUACCUUCGCUGCGGUGAGCUACCAAGUCAGAGUCCCCGAAAACGAACCAGUCAACACCACCAUCCUCACCGUCAGCGCCACUGACGGCGACGACGGUCCCAACGGUAUGAUACGGUACAAGAUAUCCGCUGGAAAUGAGAGGAACGAGUUCUUUGUACACUACAUCACCGGAGCUGUGACUAUUCUGGAGCCUUUGGACUACGAUUUGGUGCAGGAGUAUCGGCUGAACAUCACCGCCACGGACUUGGGAUUCGAACCGAAGCUGGCUGUCGCUACGCUGACUGUGAACGUGUCGGAUAUCAACGACAAUCCACCCACCUUCGACCAGAAGGUCUACGAGGCCUUCUUGCCUGAGAACUCUCCGCCCGACAGCUUUGUUUACAAGGUGAUCGCUCGGGACAUCGACUCUCCAAAGUACGCGGUGGUGCAGUACAAUAUCCUGGGUGGUACCGGGAAGGAGCACUUCCGGAUCCGCGAGGACACCGGCGAUAUCACGUCUCUGAUCAGCUUCGACUACGAGGAGGCCAAUGAGUAUACCUUGGACAUAGUAGCGGCGAAUCCCGACUCGAAUCCCCAGAUGGUGGGCUUCACGACUGUCCAGGUGCACAUCACAGGCGUGAACGAGUACUAUCCUAAGUUCAUACAGCCGGUGUUCCACAUGGACGUGUCGGAGAGCGCCGAGGUGGGCACUUCCGUUGGCCUGGUGCAGGCGACCGACCAGGACGCAGGGGAAGACGGGCGCGUUUACUACCUUUUCGUGGGCUCGUCCAACGACCGUGGAUUCUCCAUUGGCUCUGAGACUGGUGUGAUUCGAGUGUCGCGUAGAUUGGACCGGGAGACGCAGAACAGAGUGGUGUUGACUGUGAUGACGAAGAACGGUGGUGGUAUCAGGGGCAACGACACCGACGAGGCUCAGGUUAUAGUCUCGAUUCAGGAUGGAAACGAUCCGCCAGAGUUCUUGCAGAGCGCGUACGACGCUACAGUUUCUGAGGGAGCCGUUCACGGGACUCGCGUCCUCACUGUCAGGGCGGUGGACAAGGACAUCAGACCGCAGAACAAUCAGUUCUCGUACUCCAUCAUCGGCGGUAACAUAGGUCAAGCGUUCAAAGUGGACCCACAAACUGGAGACAUCGAGACAGCCAAGCAGUUGGAUCGCGAGACGAUUCCAGCGUACGAUCUGACGAUUGGCGCUAUCGACACCGGUUCUCCGCCUCAGACUGGCACCGCGGUUGUCCACAUCGAGCUCCUGGAUAUCAAUGACAACGGUCCUGUCUUCGAUCCGCCGGAAGUGAUCGGUUACGUGAACGAGAACGAGCCUGCAGGGACGAUUAUAAUGACCCUGAGCGCCACCGAUCCCGAUCUGCCGCCGAACGGGGCUCCGUUCACGUACAGACUGGUCGGUGGCAGACAGGGCGACAUGGUCACCCUGGACAAACACACAGGGGUGCUCAAGACCACCAGAAGUCUGGACAGGGAGGCUAUGCCUCAACUGGAUCUUGUGAUCGAAGUAGAGGACUCUGGAAUACCACGAAUGAGAAGCGAGCACACGAUAACGGUCAUCGUGACGGACCAGAACGACAGUCCAUCGUCCCCCAGGUCGGUCCACGUGAUAGUUCACUCCUUCAACGAGCAGAUCCCGCUGGGUAAGAUCGCAGACGUGCACCCUAACGAUCCAGACAUUACUGGAAGCUACUCCUGCAAGAUUCUUCAAGGAGCCAAUUCCAAAAUCCUCAGCAUACCUGCUGCUUGUGAUCUGCACACGAAGAAAAUAACUCCAGGAGUUGGCUACUCCCUGAGCGUUUCCGGUAACGAUGGUCGCCAUCCAAACGUGGUGUCCAAAGUCACCGUAGAGUUCCUGGUCUUCACGAACACCACCAUCGAGAGCAGCGUGACCCUGCAGGUCUCCAAGCUGAGCGCCAAGGAUUUUUUAAGCCAGAAUUACCGCGCUCUGUUGGAUGUCCUGCAGGAGGAGAUCGACGUGGGCGACACUCUGAAGAUCUUCAGUCUUGGAGAGAACGCAUCCGAGUUGAACAUCCAUCUUGCAGUGGAAUCGCCUCUAGGUUACCGCACCAAGUAUGAGGUGACCGAAUUACUGAAUCGAAAUCGUGACAAAAUUCGAUCUCUCCUCGAGGGAACCACGUUCACCGUAGGGUACUCACCCUGCAAGCAUAUACCCUGCGAGAAUGGAGGCACCUGCAGCGACAAGUUGGCCAUCUACGACGACGCCAGGAUCACCGACAGCCAGGCAUUGAUCCUCACGUCUCCAAGGAUGAUGCACGAGAUGACCUGCAAGUGUCGAGACGGUUUCACGGGGGAGAGAUGCGAGAGGAGGCAGGAUCCUUGCUCCCCAAAUCCCUGUCUACUGGGUGGUCAGUGUCGACGCUUGGGGUACGAUUUCCAGUGCACCUGCCCGAUAGAUCGCGAGGGAAAGCUGUGCGAGCUGGAAAGAGGCGACGCCUGCGCUAGCAAUCCUUGUCGAAAUGGUGGUUCCUGCAGAAAGAGCCCCGACAGUUUCAGUUUCUUCUGCUUGUGUCGUGCUGGGUACAGAGGAAACCACUGCGAGGCGGUCACCGACUCUUGCAGACCGAAUCCUUGCCUCUACGGAGGCUUGUGCGUGGGAGAGAAGCCUGGGUACAGAUGCAGCUGUCCAGAAGGUCGCUACGGAAGACACUGCGAGCGAUCCACCUUUGGCUUCGAGGAACUGUCGUACAUGGCGUUCCCUGCUCUGGACUCGAACACCAACGACAUCACGAUCGUGUUCGCGACCACGAAACCGGACGCACUGUUAUUGUACAACUAUGCCCCGCAGACAGGUGGACGGUCUGACUUUGUAGUGCUGGAGCUCAUGAACGGGAGGGUAGUGUUCUCAUACGGGGGUGCAAGGAGCGCCAUUACCUCGAUUACUAUAAAAACCGAGCACUCGGUGUCUGAUGGGGAGUGGAGGAAGGUGACAGCGACCAGAAACGGACGCGUGGUGUCCUUGAGCGUGUCCAUGUGCAGGGAGCAUGGUGACAUCUGCGACGACUGUAGACCUGGGGAUGGCACGUGCUAUGCAGACGACGUUGGACCAACUGGGACCUUAAAUUUUAACAAUAACCCUCUUUUGGUGGGAGGACUGGAGAACGCGGAUCCGGUGCUCGAAAGGCCGGGGCAAGUGCAUUCUGACGACUUCGUGGGAUGCGUGCAUUCGGUUUCCAUAAACGGCAGAGCCCUGAACCUGUCCAAUCCUCUCGCGUCGCAGGGCGUCAAGUCUGCGUGCGUCAGAUCGAACAAGAAUCCCUGUCUGAGGGACGCGAAGGACUCUGUUUCCGUUUGCGGAGCUAACAUCAAGUGUUACGACAAGUGGCAUCAAGUCACGUGCCAGUGUGGCUCGCUGAACGCGCCUAAUUGCGAAGGGGCCCUCGAACCGGUCACCCUCAGCGAGGGUGGAUACGUAGAAUUCAAGAUUUCGGAAAAGCACAGAAGAAUGCAAUUAUUGGAGUACCUAUACGGAGGGUCUACUCAAUGGCACAAAAGUAGAGCGACCAGAGCAGUCAGCGAGGACGCCAGCUUCAUAAGCAACUCCUCUCCGUUCAAAACUAUUGGUAUAAUGUUCAGAACGGUGAAAACCGACGGGAUUCUCAUAUACGCGGCUACCAACAAACACUAUACAUCCGUGGAGCUCCGUGGCGGACAACUGUUCUACGCGUCCCUGCUUGGAUCGCCUGUAAACAUGUCUGCCAACAUCGAAGGGGGCCUAGCGGACGGCCACUGGCACAACCUGACCCUGCACUCCUACUUCCGUGGGCUGAGACUGUUCAUCGACGGUGUCCAAACCGGGGAUGAACUGGACUCAGCGGGUGUCCACGACUUCCUGGACCCCUACUUGUCCGUCCUAUCGAUCGGCGGAGUUAGCCAAGACCUGUACUACGCUCACAGCGCUGGCGCCAGAAGUUUCGAGGGUUGUUUGGCUAACUUCACCAUCAACAACGAGAUCCAGCCGUUCAACGGGUCCGGCUCGAUCUUCAAGGAGGCGCUGUACCACGGGAAGGUGAACACCGGAUGCAGGGGACCGAUCGGGAUCAGCGCGGCAGCCACGGCCGAUCCCCUGAGCAUCGGUAUCACCCUGGUGAUAGUUUUCUUCGUGAUUCUACUAAUCGCCAUCUUGGUCAGCUUCAUCGUCUUCCGUUUGAGACGACAAAACAAAGAGAAAUCGGCCUCCUCGGUGGUCAACAAGAACACCAACGCUAUAAUGACCGGGAACCCGCUGGUGGGCGCAGGGAACGACAACCUGAUGUCCCGCCACGAGAACACUUAUAUCUCGGACACGUCUGACCUACGGGGGGUGGGCCAUAUGGGCCCAGAAUUGAUCUCGAAGAAGUACAAGGAACGCGAGAUCAACUCUACCACGGAACAUCGUCCCCAGAGACCGGACAUAAUCGAAAGGGAGGUCACCAAGUCGCCACCGAUACGAGACGAGCAUCCCCCGCUACCCCCACCCGCUCAAACAUCCUUGCACUCUCACGAACAUAAUCAAGAGCCCGACAUGCCGGAGCACUACGACCUGGAGAACGCUAGCUCCAUCGCGCCUAGCGACAUCGACAUCGUCUACCAUUACAAAGGCUAUCGGGACGGGAUGCGGAAGUACAAAGCCACGCCACCUCCAAUCAGCAACUACACCAAUCAUCACAAGCACACGGGCCAGCAGCACAGACACGCGGGCCCGUUCCCGCCACGGGCCCUGCCGCCCCCGAACGUCAGCCAGCCGACGGGGCCCACUCAGAAGCUGCUACAGAGCACCCCGUUGGCCAGACUGUCGCCCAGCAGCGAGCUGUCCGCCCAGCAACCGAGGAUCCUGACGCUGCACGACAUCAGCGGGAAACCGUUGCAGAGCGCGCUGCUGGCGACCACCUCCUCGUCGGGGGGCGUAGGCAAGGACGCGUUGAACUCGAACAGCGAGAGGAGCCUGAACUCGCCGAUCAUGAGCCAAUUGUCAGGAUCGACGGCCAGUCGUAAGGCCCCUCAGUCGAACAACGAGAACUCCGUGAACAACGUGUCGUCGGGCCCCAUGGGCCUCACCGCCGAGGAGAUCGAGAGACUGAACUCGAGACCGAGGACCUCGAGCCUCGUGUCGACCCUGGACGCCGUGAGCUCGUCCAGCGAGGCACGGGGCCCGCCCACCCACGGGCCCCUCCACCUCCACAGACGGCACACGCCACCUGUCGAGAGGCUCGAGCGUAGGAACUCGUCCACCACCGACGAAAGUGGCAACGACAGCUUCACGUGCUCGGAGUACGACAACACGUCGCUGGUCGGCGACAAACGGUCGGACAACCCGUUCGCGAAGCAAGACGACGAGGAGGUGAACCAACGGAGCAACGAGUCCUCGCAGACGACCAAACCGCCGCUGCCGCCCAACGUAAACUACGACGGGUUCGACAGCUCGUUCCGCGGCUCGCUGAGCACUCUGGUAGCCUCCGACGACGACCUGUCCACCCACAUGGGCGGGCUGUACAGACCAUCCAACAACGGAUCGCCGUCGACGACCACCACAGCCCUCAGCUGGGACUACCUGCUCAACUGGGGCCUCAACUUCGACAGCCUCGUAGGCGUGUUCAUCGACAUCGCCGAAUUACCCGACAGUGCCAAUCGUGUUCCAAGUACGCUCAGACUGCCGGCCAGCAUACCCAAACCCUCCGAGGAGUACGUUUGA